AUGGCGGCGCUGAUGGACGAGCUCGUCGAGGAGGUCCUCCUCCGCUUCCCACCGCAUAAACCCGGGCGCCUCAUCCGCGCCGCCCUCGUCUGCAAGCGAUGGCGCAGCAUCGUCUCCGACCCCGGCUUCCGUCGCAGGUUCCGCGAGUUCCACCGCACGCCCCCCAUCAUGGGCGUCUUCUCCAACCUCAUGGAAGGCGACACCUACAUCGUCUCCUUCGAGCCCUGCGCCUUGUGCCCGCCCCAUGCCGACCGCCGCGAUUUGACCGUGCUCGACUCCCGCCACGGCCGCGUACUCCUCCACAGCAUGCCUCCGGCCGGCAGGGAUCACAUUAUUAAUCCUUCAGAGCCGCACGUCCUCGUCGUCUGGGACCCCAUCACGGAUGAGCAACGGGAAUUGCUCCUGCCGUACUUGUACCCUGGCAUGUUUUACGCCGCGGUGCUCUGCGCCGCCACCGUUACCUGCUGCGACCACCUCGACUGCAACCCUGGUCCCUUCCUCGUCCUCAUCGUGGGCACUGACCUCGAGGGGAUAUUCGUCUACGUCUACUCAUCGGAGGCUUCAGCAUGGAGCGAGCCGUCCUCGAUCCACCUUGGCGCCAUGUUGAGUUCCUACUGCAUGCUUAUGCCCAGUCUGCUCGCCGGAGACGCACUCUACUUCAUGCUUGAGGACGGCCAUAGAAUCCUCAAGUACGACUUGGGUGGUCGCGCCAUAUCAAUGAUCAACCCGCCGUCUCUGCAUGCUGCAGGGAAGGUGGCCCUUGUGACGGCGAAGGACGGUGGGCUUGGAGUCGCCGGCGUGCACGGCUAUAACCUCCACACUUGGUCGUGGCGGGCUGGUCCGAACGGCACCGAUGAAUGGGUGAAGGAACGGGUCAUCGAGCUGGAUACGAUGCUCUCAAUCACCAUUGGUGACCCCUCCACCAAACUCGAUGUGCAUAGCUUCGCGGAAGCACUGGAAGCAGUCUUCAAGGUGUGA